AUGGCUACUACUCUCGUGUAUCAGCAUUCCCUGGUGGACGACAUCGCCCGUCAGCUAUAUCAAAGAUCCAUGUCUAAGGACAAGCGUUCACCCGAUCAGCCAGCCCCCUUCAAGGGCGAAUUCUCCUUCGUCAACAAGGACGCCGGCAACAUUGACUCCAAAGACCACAAUGCCGCCGUAUCCUGGCAUGUGAUGAACCGCUAUGAGCGUUGGAAGAAGCAAGAGCAAGCGAAAAAGCUACGAGCGUCUGCCAAUGUUCCCGUGGGGCCACUUUCCCCUCCUUCUCAACAGCCACAACAGCCAAAACCCUCUUUCGCGCCGCAGCAGCCGCCAGCGCAGCAGCCGGUGCCAUCGCUGCCGCAAACACAGUCUGUACGUCCAGUUUCAUCUGAGCAUCCUAACAAGAGGGCGCGGUUAACACGCGCCGCACAGUCGAGAGCCAUUCCCCCGACGACUCCGUUUGAAUUUGACCCAUGGACGGCCGAGCAACCCCUUCAGCUUGGCUAUCCUGGUAUCAGCUCCGGUCAAGCGUCCAGUAGCGGACUGCCAACGUCAACUACAUCAACGCCAUCGACGCGUUCGAGCAUGGUUGAGGAUGAUCCUACGUCCAUAUUGGCUUCGCUCAACAGGCCACUAGACCCCGGUACAAGCCCAUUCGAGGCGACUUCCUUAUCAAUGACUCCGCUGGUGAACAACCUAAUUGCAUUCGCCUAUGAAGUGUUCAUUCCCCAAAGCUGGCCCAGAGAAUCGGACAAGGACGAGGGCUCAUACGAGAUCGCCAGGAGUUGGGACGAUGCAGCUCUGAUCAACCAGGACGUCUGUCACGCCAAUGCAUAUCUAAGCCUUCUCGCUGCUGCCAUGGCCGUCCUGACUGAGGACGAGAGUCUUGCAUACCAAUCCCGAUACUUUCAGGAUCAGGCGAUGACAGAGCUGAGGCAGCGAGUGGCUCGCCCUGGAACGCAAGACCUGGUAACCCUCAAAGCCAUACUGAAGCUCUUUUCGUCCGAAACACUUGUUGACAACACCUCGGUCGCGCGCAUGCACCUCAAGAUGCUGCGAAACCUCGUCAACGCGGCGGGCGGGGUCAUCCUGAUGGAUGCCUGGUUCCGUGAGGAUCUCCUCUCCUGCGAUUGCUACUUUGCUCUCAAGUACGAAACUCGCCCGCUUUUUCCUGCUUCGGAGUGGACACCUGGGCCCUUAAGUCAGCCUUGGAAGGCCCGCUUGCUGUCCGCAGGGGUUUUCGGAGACCACGCCGCCACCAUCGAUCCGCUGGUCGAGCAUGCUCUUAUGAAAGCGGUCAUUACCGACUUGCGGGAACUUUUCAAAGCGCAUGACUACACCCAGAUUCACGAUGUCCCGAGCGAUGAUCAGCUGCUGAGAUGGAAGCAACUGCGCAAGUUCGACUGUAUCUCGCGUCUGGCAGAUCAUUACGUGAAUGUAGCCAUCUAUCCUCACCUGUUCCAGCGGCCGCUGACACAGGCUUACACUUGCGUUGCGACGGCGUUGAUGACGGCCAUGUUCCUGGGAUCACCGGAGCCGGUGCGAUUUGGGCUCAAGCUCCUGACCGAUCUACGGACGAAGCUGACGGAGAGCGUCUCAGAGGAUGACGCUGCGCAAUUCCGGCGGCUGCGAUUGUGGGCCCUGUAUGUAGGAUCAUUAGCGGAGCAAGUGCAUCCCGUGAGCACUGCAGACGAGCGCUGGUUCCGCGAACAGUAUCAAAGUCAAUCCAGCGACAUGGGAUUGUUGGGUUGGGAGGACACGAAGAAAGUGAUGAGACAAUUUUUGUACUCGGAAAAACUUCAUCAAGAGAUCGAAUCUGGAAGAGCGCAUCGGGUGGCUGAUGCCAGGCAGGGACUCUACACUGCGUCAGGCACCAGCUGGCGAGAGCCCUGGUCGGAUACGAAUCUGGGCGUUCUGGAUGUCGAGGAGGAUGCUGGCGGGUCGGUGUCUGCAGGCAAACGGCGGGCAGACGAUGAUUAA